AUGGGUGGCUGUGCGAGUAGACCCAAGGAAUCAGACAUGAACAACGAAGAAAGCUCAGUUCCUAACAAGACUGUGUCUGAAACCGUAGUAGCCAAGGAGAUCAACACAGAAGAAAGCGGUGCUGAAACAACUGCUGUGGAAGCUAAGGAGACAUCUCCGGUCGAACCGACCGAGGAAACAGCUCCUGCUGCUGAAGCAGAGGUUGUAGCAGCCGUGGAAGAGUCAUCUUCUGCUGAUGAGGCUGAACCAGCACAUAUGAAAGUAGCGGCUGAACCAGAAACCGUUGAGUCAGUGGUUGCGGAAGCUGCACCCGAAAAGGUGGAGGUUGCUGCAGAAGCUGAGAAAGCGGCAGAGGUUGAGCCAGUAAAGGAAGAGAAAGAAGUUGUUGUCGCCGCUUGA